CCCCGCGCACCUGCCGAGCGCGCCCCGCGGGCGCGGAGGGUCGCGCAUCGCCAUGUCGCGGGUCGUGCAGAAGAAGAACCACUGGUCCAGCCGGGUGCGGCAGUGCGCGCUGACCCGCGGGCCCGGCGGGCAGCUGGGCUUCGCGCUGCUCGGCGGCGCGGAGCACGGCGAGUUCCCCUACGCGGGCGCGGCGGCGGCGGGGGACGGCGAGGCGGCGCUGAGCGAGGGGGAGCUGCUGCUGGAGGUGCAGGGGGUCCGCGUCUCGGGGCUGCCGCUCUACGACGUGCUGGAGGUGAUCCGGAGCUGCAAGGACCCCAUCGUGGUGAAAGCCGUCCGACAAGGAAGAGACUGA